AUGAAUCCAUUCAACAACAAAGCCUUCUCGUUGGAGUAUCAACAAAUCCUACAGGAAAGUCGUCGGCUUGUCGUUGCCGCUCAACGACAGAAGUUCCUGGACCUUUACCAAAACGAAGAGGUCAUGAUCGUUGUGAGUAAGACUGGCUCUGGCAAGUCAACCCAGAUCCCCAAGUUUGUCUUGUACGACGAACUUGCAGGAAAUGGCAAGAUUCCCGUCACUCAGACUCGAAGGCUUGCUGCAAUCUCUGUAGCAGAGUGA